AAUUACGUCAAGGACAAUCUAUGCUUGAUUUCUUGUAAUAUUUUCGUCCCUUUGCUGUCUAAUUCGAGAUCGAGGGAUUUGAUCGACUGUUCUUCAAAUUUCUUCAUUUCUGCCGUUCUGGAAAGUCACAUUGCAUCCGAUCGCAGGCAGAGAAGGGCCGGUUUUGACGAGCCGGCUUUUUUUUUCAAACCAGAACUUCAAGCUGCGUGGUCUCCGUUAGAUCAUCUCACCUAACCCGGAGCCGCUCCAGCAAGAUAUCAAGAUGGCGGCAAAAGAAGGAACAAGUGCGCUUCCUGAUUGGGUGACCUUGUUCGACAAUGCUCAGAAGAAGGCUGAGAAGAAGGCAGCAGCAGGAGGAGACGCCCCGCCUGCCGAGGAGAAGGGAGGGAAAAAUAAGAAACGCCUCUCUGUGGAGCGGAUUUAUCAGAAGAAGACUCAGUUGGAACACAUCCUGCUCCGUCCUGAUACCUACAUCGGGUCUGUGGAACAUCUCACACAGAACAUGUGGGUUCAUGAUGGCGCAGAUGUGGGCCUGGUGAAUCGCUCCAUCACCUUUGUUCCUGGUCUGUACAAGAUCUUCGAUGAAAUCCUUGUGAAUGCCGCUGACAACAAGCAGCGAGAUCCAAGCAUGAACAUGAUCAAGAUCACCAUCGAUCCAUCUGGGGAGAACUGUAAGAUCUCUAUCUGGAACAAUGGAAAGGGGAUCCCUGUGGUCAUGCACAAGGAACAGAAGGUGUACGUCCCCACCCUCAUCUUUGGGCAUCUUCUCACCUCCUCUAACUACAACGACGAGGAAAGAAAGGUCACAGGUGGGAGGAAUGGUUACGGUGCCAAGCUGUGUAACAUCUUCAGCAGUGAGUUCAGUGUGGAAACUGCCUCCAAGGAGGAAGGCAAGAAGUUCAAACAGACAUGGAAGGGCAACAUGGGCAAGGCUGGGGAGCCCAAAAUCACUGACUACCAUGGCUCAGACUUCACUUGCGUGACCUUCAAGCCCGACCUUCCCAAGUUUAAGAUGGACCGCCUGGAUGACGACACGGUUGCGUUGCUACGACGACGGGCGUACGACGUUGCCGGCUCCACCAAGGGUGUCAAGGUCCUCCUGAACGGAGAAAAACUGCCUGUGACAUCGUUCCGGCAGUAUGUGGACCUGUACCUGAAGGGGAAGACCGACGACAUCGGCAAUCCCCUGAAGGUUGUGCACGAGGUGGUGAACCCUCGCUGGGAGAUCUGUGUGGCUCAGAGCGACAAGGGCUUCCAGCAAGUCAGCUUCGUCAACAGCAUCGCAACCACAAAGGGUGGACGUCAUGUUGACUACGUAGUAGACAAACUGACAGACAAACUGAUAGAAGUGGUGAAGAAGAAGAACAAGAGUGGCAUCCAGGUCAAACCAUUCCAGGUGAAGAACCACUUGUGGGUGUUUGUCAACUGUUUGAUCGAGAACCCAUCCUUCGACUCCCAGACCAAAGAGAACAUGACUCUUCAAGCUAAGAAGUUCGGUUCCCAGUGUAGCCCUUCAGACAAGUUCAUCAAAAAUGUCCUUUCUUGUGGUGUGGUAGAGAGCAUCAUGAACUGGGUGAAGUUCAAGACACAGACACAGAUGAACAAGAAGUGCAGUGGCACUAAGGCCACACGACUCAAGGGCAUCCCCAAGUUGGAUGACGCAAACGAUGCAGGUACCCGGUACUCGAGGGAUUGUACACUGAUCCUUACUGAGGGGGACUCAGCCAAGACUUUGGCUGUGUCUGGUCUGGGUGUGGUCGGGAGAGACAAGUACGGUGUGUUCCCACUGAGGGGUAAACUUCUCAACGUCAGAGACGCUACGGCUAAACAGAUCAUGGAGAAUGCUGAGAUCAACAACAUCAUUAAGAUCAUGGGCCUGCAGUACAAGAGGAAGUACGAGUCUGAAGACGACAUGAAGACACUUCGCUACGGCAAGAUCAUGAUCAUGACAGAUCAGGAUCAAGAUGGUUCCCACAUCAAGGGUCUCCUGAUCAACUUUAUCCACCACAACUGGCCCUCCCUGCUCAGACUACGCUUUCUGGAGGAGUUCAUCACUCCUAUUGUCAAGGUCAGUAAGAACAAGCAGGACCUGUCCUUCUACAGCCUUCCAGAGUUUGAGGAGUGGAAGUCAGAAACAAGCAACUGGCACACAUGGAAGGUCAAGUACUACAAAGGUUUGGGUACGAGCACGUCAAAGGAAGCAAAGGAGUACUUUGCGGACAUGCAGCGUCACCGCAUUCCUUUCAAGUACAAUGGACCUGAGGACGAUGCUGCUGUUGAUCUGGCCUUCAACAAGAAGAAGGUGGACAACCGUAAGGAGUGGCUGACCAACUGGAUGCAGGACAGAAAGCAGCGGAGAGAGAUGGGCCUGGGUGAGCAGUACCUGUACGGCAAGGACACCAAGUAUCUCACCUUCAACGAGUUUGUCCACAAGGAACUGGUCCUCUUCUCCAACUCCGACAAUGAGAGGUCCAUCCCCUCCCUAGUGGACGGCCUGAAGCCCGGCCAGCGUAAGGUUUUGUUCACGUGCCUGAAGCGUAAUGACAAGCGAGAGGUGAAGGUGGCCCAGCUGGCUGGUUCUGUGGCAGAGAUGUCAGCAUACCAUCAUGGAGAGGUGUCGUUGAUGGGAACUAUCAUCAACUUGGCGCAGAACUUUGUUGGCAGUAACAACGUGAACAUCCUGCAGCCCAUUGGUCAGUUCGGUACCAGGAUCCACGGCGGCAAGGACGCUGCCAGCCCUCGAUACAUCUUCACUAUGCUCAGCACGUUGGCGAGAAAGUUGUUCCACAGCUUCGACGAGCCGAUGUUGAACUAUCAGUACGACGACAACCAGAAGAUCGAGCCGGAGUGGUACAUUCCCAUCAUCCCCAUGGUGCUGGUAAACGGCGCCGAGGGCAUCGGGACGGGCUGGAGCACCAAGGUGCCGAACUACGAUGUACGCGAGAUCAUCAACAACAUGCUGAGGAUGAUCGAUGGGAAGGACCCACUGCCUAUGAUCCCCUCCUACAAAAACUUCAAGGGAGACAUAGAGGAGUUGGAAGAGAACCGUUACGUGGUGAAUGGGGAGGUGGCCAUCCUGGACAACAACACCAUCGAGAUCACCGAGCUGCCCAUCCGCACAUGGACUCAGAACUACAAGGAGACCGUACUGGAGGUCAUGCUGCAUGGUACAGACAAGACACCGAGCAUGAUCACAGACUACAAGGAGUACCACACCGACACGACCGUGAGGUUUGUGGUGUCCAUGACAGAAGAACAGCUGAUGAAGGCUGAAGCAGCAGGACUACACAAAGUCUUCAAACUGCAGUCCAACCUGGCCAGCACCAACAUGGUUCUGUUUGACCACAACGGCUGCCUGCGGACCUACAACAGUGUCCAGCAGAUCCUGCAGGAGUUCUUUGACCUGCGGCUGGAGUGGUACACCAAGAGGAAGGACUGGGUCAUGGGCAUGCUAGAGGCCGAGGCCAGCAAGCUCAACAACCAGGGUCGCUUCAUUCUGGAGAAGAUCGAGGGGACACUCGUCAUCGAGAACAAACCUAAGAGAGAGCUGAUCCAGAUGCUUCAGGCUCAUGGGUACGACAGCGAUCCCGUCAAGGCCUGGAAAGAGUCGCAGUCAGACAAGGACAAGCCUGAUGACCUCCUGGAUGCAGAGGAGGAGGAAGGUGAGAGCAUUGCGUCCUCCACAGCGUCCCGCAGCGGUCCAGACUACAACUACCUCCUGGGCAUGCCUCUCUGGAACCUGUCCAAGGAGAAGAAGGAGGAGCUCCUUAAGCAGCAGAGGGAGAAGGGAAAGGAGCUGGUGGACCUGCGACACAAGACGCCCAGCGACUUGUGGAAGGACGACUUGAACGAGUUCGUCGAAGAGCUCGAGAGAGUAGAGCAGCAGGAGAGAGAAGACGAGCAGUCGUCUGGGAAAAUCAAGGCGAAGGAUCCGAAGGGGAAGAACAAGCGCACCGCGGCCGUGAAGCACGAGUACAAACCCUCGCCCGUCGGGAGGCGCGUCAUUCCUGUCAUCGACGCUGCCAUGAAGAAAGCUGCGGCCAGUAAAGCAGCGCAGGCGGAGAAGAAGAGAGUCAAGAAAGAGCAGGCCAGUGACAAAGCCUCGGAGAUGGGAGACUCCAGCUUUGGGAAAGAUGAGGAUGAGUUUGGGUUUAAGGCAGCUGCCAAGGAGCUUUCUCUGGCUGAGAGGGUAGCCAAGAAGACCAAGGCUGGACUAGGAGGAGGCAAGUCUAAACAGUCCACUCUGAACUUCAAACCUGCGGCCAAGAGGCCAAAGUGGCUGGACGAGGACUCGGACGGGUCAGACGGUGACGGGUCUGACCACAACAUGGACGUCGUGGUCGAGCCGCGGGAAAAGGCACCCAGGAGAGCUGCAGCUGCUACGGCCAAAAAGUACAUCAGUGAUGAAGAGAAUGAAGACGACAGCUGGGCUCCCGCUGGUGCUAAAGAUGACGACGAUGAUUCCUUUAAGAUCUCUGAUGAUGAUGAUGAUGACUUCGCCCCCAAGCCAAAGAAAAAGGCUGCUCCAAAAAAACCAAAGAUUCUUGAUAGUGAGGAUGAUGACAGUGAUGAGUACAGCCCUGAGCCCAAGCCUCAGAAAAAACCUGCCAAGGUAACAAAACCACCCCCAGCUCCCAGACCUGACCCUGAACCCAUGUUUGGUGACAGCGGCUCGGAGGCAGUGUCUAUCCCUGACAUCCCUGACUCAGAACCAGAGACAAGACCGGUGGAGUCAGAUGGUGAAGGACCAGUGAUGAUCGACAGCGACUCGAGCACUGCAGCCAACGGGAAGACUAAGAAAGCACCUGCCAAGAAAGCUGCCGGAAAUGGAAAAGCACCAGCUAAGAAGGCUCCAAAGAAGACCAAAGAACCAGAUGCCAACCAGCCGAGCAUAUUUGAUGCCAUAGUUAAGGCCAAAGCCAAGAAACCUGCUCCUAAGAGGAAGAAGGUGACUUCAGACUCCGACUCUGAUGCGCCUGCUGCAAAACCGAAGAAAGCAGCAGCAAAGAAACCUGCCAAGAAGAAGCCGAUUGACGACUUCAUCAGCGAUGAGUCUGACAGCUCUGCCAAGCCAAAGAAAGCGCCAAAGAAGAAGUCCAAGAAGGCUGCGUACAGUGAUGACGAUGACGACAGUUUUGCUGCCGACGAUUUCGAGGCGAUGCCGGUCGCACCACGGGCACGUUCUGGCCGGAACGCAGCUUCCAAAGCCAAGUACACCUACUCCAGUGAUGACGAUGAUGACUAUUGAAGAGACCUGUGCCCAUCUUAUUUAUCUGUUGGUUGUGCCUCUAGCAGAUGUAUUAAACAACGGUUGUCGUGAUAUUUUCUACGCAAUCAAGAUAUACAGAUCCCUGCUUUGGCCAUGAAAACAUUUUCUUGUAUCUUCAGAGUAGCUUUUGGUAAAAGUAGUCAACAUAAGAAAGAAGUAAUGAGAAUUUGUUGUGACUACACACAUAGUGUGGAAAAAUUUUCAUGUUUCUGUUUGAUGUAAAAACGUCUUCUGUCCUUUUUUAUAUUCCCUUUGUCUUGAAUUCUUGUUCCAAUAUUCUGUCAUUACCUUAAUUAGCUUGUAGUUAUUUUCAUGGACUUUUGCAUAGCUGAAUGUUGUUUUUUUUCAAAUGUGGAAAUGCAAGAUUAGAUUCAAGUGUCAAAAUUUACACGAAAGAGGAACAGGUAUUGUUUUAGAAGUUAUUGUACCACAAUCUUUUACAUGUAUACCUCUGUCCUCUUUUCUUCUUAACAUAGUUGAUAAAGUCCUGUCUUUUUAGCAAGCUUAAUGAUUUCAGAAUUUCCAAAGCCACUAGACACAUGUACAUACUAUUACUAUUAGACUCUAUGCAUUUCAUAUCUAGAAUUUUGAAUGAUCUGUCCACAUGAUUUUCUUGUACCUUUUCCAUUUUCAACAUUCAGUGUUUUUCAUAAGGUAGUAUUAUACAUUUAUAUCUCUAUGUGUUAGCAGUAUAGUAUAUACUGUACAUAUGAUAAUAGUGCAGUGAAGUCAUUUUGAGUGUGUUGUUUUUUUCUACACUAUGAAAAGAGAACUUCAUAAGAUGAAGAAAAGACAUUCACAGCCUAGUUUUGAUCUUUCAGCUUCUAUCUAGAGUUAGAGGUUUAUGAUGAGAGUUAGUAGUUGCCAAUAUUCCUGUCUGUUAACAUUCCAUUUCUUCCUAUUUGUGUAAAUAAAGGAAAAUAUUCCAAGACUUUUAA